AUGGUUUUCUCACGUACCUUUACUAGCGUUGUUAUUGUCGCAACCUAUGCGUCGCUCUCUCUUUGCGCUCCUUCAAAGAUUCAGCCGCUGCUCCCCGGCACCAACUUGGCCUCAACCAGCGCUGUUAACGCCUUGAGCUGUUCUGAUUUAUCAAUCUACGAGUACCAACAGGCAGAAUUGAUUGCAAAAGCUUGUUCAGUGGCAAAGUCCGUGACAUCCAUCCAUCUACGAGAAAGGAGCUCGACUGGCUCCGUUGCCGGUGGUAACAUCGGUGCCAACGUCGAUGCUAGUGCAUUUCUCAACUUAUUCGACACUUGUAAUGGCCUCUCUCAAGUCUUGACCAACGCGAUUGGCGGUUCAGCCAUGCUAGUUUCGGGCUUAGUUUCAAACCUCGUGGUACCCAUUCUAACUCAUACUACUCAGCAGCUCCAGGCUACUCUCGCUACCCUCAAUAACGUCGUUGCUUGCACAGAUGCUACGGUCGCUGCUACAGUCUACGAAGCCUUCAAAGUGUUCGCAUCUGUGCAGAAAAAACUCUUCGUCUUCAUCUCCGCCAAUGUUUCCCUCUUGGUGAAAUUGAACUUGAAGUCGACUGUCCACACUGCUCUUGUAGGCUUGGAGCAAUUGCUCGAGACCUACCUCGAAGCUUUAUUCACCUACAUCUCUUCAGACCUUGACACUUUGAACUUGCGUGCUUCGUUGACUGCAAGUGUCAAAUCCGCCAUUGAUGCUUGUGCAUGA